UCCGUUUUACGCUCCCCAGGAUUUUUACCCGGGUCCCCGGGUGAACGAGCGGCUUAAUGCCGGAAGCGACCAGCGUCUUCCUGAAGCUCGGGUUCAUUAUCCUCGCGGGUCACGCUGCAGGCGCCAUCGCGGAUAAAGGCGCGAACUACGACCAGCGCCAACACGGAGACGUCAACGUCCAGGUCCACCUUAAGGACGUGCAGAUCGUUGCCCUCGUCGACUCCGAACUCCUGGGGGACUACACGGAUUAUGACUACUUUUACGAUUACGCGGAUUUCACGGUAAAGCCAGGAAAACCUUCAUCGACGAAGCCUACCCCUUCGACGAGUUCCAUUGAACCCUGGAGCACCUGGCCUACCUAUCCACCAUCUUCGACUACCACCGAAAAAACUGAUGAAUCCAUUAUCUCAAAUAAUGUCACUGAGGAGUCGAAUGUCGAGACUACGAAGGAAAGUCUCCCUUCAAUUCCAGCUGAUGCAGCAAAGGAGAACGUCACAGAGACUCCGGAAAAAUUAAAUUCAACUCUUCAGUCUCAAGAUGUCUCAUCCUCCAUAUUUGCAUACCUUGAGAAUUUUGGAACAAAGGAAAAUAUUACCGAAACUGGAGGACACGUAGAUGCGACCCUGGGGACAGAAAAUGCCUCCUCCUCGUCUUCGGGCCAAUUUGUAAAUUUAGAGAUAAACGAAAACAUUGCUGGAACUCAGAAAACAUUAAAUGCAGCUCUGGAGUCUGAAAAUGUACCACCCGCGACAUCUUCGGGCUCGGUCAUGAAUUUAGAGGCCACGACAGAGGGCAAGGACAUCGCUAUAAAUAAGAAGACCGAGACAUCUUUUUCCGCUACAAAAAUACCUGAACAGUUAAGUUCAACCUCGUACCCAAAUAAUUAUUCUACCUCUAAACCAAUGGAUAGCGAUGAGGAUCGCUCGGUGUUGAAGAGCACCACAGACGUGAAUUCGGAUUCCAAGAGCCAAAACACAUUUCAAGAGUUUCUCAAUAUGUUCAUAAAUACGAGUCGAGAUCAUGUUUUGUCGAAGACCACCACAGAGGCGAAUUUAGAUUUCGAGAACCAAAGCGGAUUCGGAGAGGUCUUGAAGAUGAUCAUGAAUAUAAGCCAGGAUCAGAGUUUGCCGAAAACCACUACAGAGGCGAAUUCGGAUUUCAAGAGCCAGAACGGAUUCGGAGUGGUCCCCGAGACGGUCGUGAAAGCGAGCCAGGAUACCAGCUCGGGAUUAUCGUCCACGGAAUUUCCUAAAAAACGUUGCAGACCAGGAUAUUCUCCGGACAAGAACGGCCGCUGUCGCCUACAACUUCGCCGACCGAUAACUCUUUUGCCGUGAGUCGAAACACCGAAAAGAACCCCUUAUUAUCUUUUGUGCAUCCAAUUUUUAGCUGGACCUUGAAUAACUUUUCUGAAUAUUUCAGGCUCAUGAAACUGGCACCGAUAUUUUCCCAAACCUACAAGCAUGGCAGCAGAAGACCCGCCAGUGCAUAAAAAGCGAAAUCUUCCUUACACUUAACAUUAGUAAUGAAUUAUAUCAGCAAUAAUCCAGCGGCGCGUUUUGUUAUACGAGAGCACAAUUUCCGUCAUUUCGAUUGUAUGAAUUUUUAUCAGAAUACGAUUUACUCUUAUUCCCUAAGUUUAGUCAGUACAGCUAUAAUAGUGAACGUGACGAGAGUGCAAUAUUACGAGUAUUGAGAUUUCCAUGCUAUAAGUAAUAUAGUGCAAGUGUAAAAAAUUCUAAUCUCCUUGCGUAGCUUAGAGAUAGGAAGUACCGUAAUUAGAAUUAAAGUAAGUGCGAUAACCCUGCUCUACGGAAAACAUCGGGCUAAAUAAUUCACCAGGAAAUGUAUCUUAAUAAAGACGAUUACCACUUGUAAUGGAGAUUCCUUUCAUUUGUAUAAUCAUACGGCUGUGAUAUUAAUUUCGAUUAUACCUACACGCUUCACCUCCAUCUUGCCAAAUUACUGACCAUCAAAAUAUGCCUCUUCUGUAAUUGA